AUGGAAAUUAAUGCAUCAGAUACAUCAGAUAAUCCAGAUAAUCCCUCCAAUACUGACAAUGAACGAGUAAUGUGGAAAAUGAGUCCCAUUAAGGAGUCUCCGUGUUCAGCUCGCCCUUCAGACUCUUUAUUUGCUUUAUUUAUGCAACAAAACAGCUCAGAAGACAAGCUUGAUAAAGGACUGGAUCCGACUGUUGAGCUUUGGAGUCGCUGCAAGACAGCGUAUAAUACAGAAAAUAUUAAAUACUGUGGACCAGCAACGCCAGUGCAGCGCCGGGUUUCAGUACAACGCCGGAGAGCACAUACUGCUCAGAGAAAACACAAUAUAAGAGAAAUGUAUAGAGAAAAUAAAGAUUUUUCAACACAAUCAUCAGUAACACGGCUUGUUGAUGCAUUACGUAUGCUUUUACCGGACCCAUUAAGUGUUGAGAAUGGAGUACAUGCACAAGAAAGUAGAGUAUAUACACAGGAUCUACAAUUGAAGGAGACAGAAAAUAAUACAGAGGGAGAAUGUAUGGAAAAUCACAAAAAAAUUGCAGUAGAAUGGCUUUCAGAUGAUCUUUUAGAUGAUAUAGAGGAUUUAGAAGCGUUAUCAGAAUUAUCGGAUGAACAGAUAGAUCAAGAUGCAGCUAAUAUAUCUAUAAAUAAAGAAAACGCAGUUUCUAAGGAUUCUGAAAAGCAUUCUGUAUCCAGAGAAGAUUUUCAAAGAAACUUUCAAGACGAUAAACUAAAUUCUGUAGUAAAAGAGUCAUAUAAUAGUUUUUUUGGUAAAAAUCUAACAAAUAAUGAUGGAUCAAGAAAAAAAGAUGAAUAUUUAGAAAAAGAUUCUAUUUCAAAUACAAUAGCUGAAACAACACAUACUUAUGAUGAUCUUUGUCCGACAAAAAAGAUGGUUUUUUCUCCUGAAAAUAAUACGUUUAAGUCAUCAACAGUUACAGAAAAGAUACCUUUAGAAGCGAAAAAAAUACACAAAAAUGUAAUAGAAUUGCCUGAAAAUAAAUCUUUUCAUGAAAAUGACAAUAUUUAUACGUCUUUUUCUGACGAUAUGUUAGACGCAUCUUUUGCAGACGAUGUAUUAGAUGAAGAAAUAGAAGCAGUUUUAUCUGUCUUGGAUACAUGUCAAGAACCAUGUCUCGAUCCAGCUCAAGUGCUUGCAAAUACUGGUAAAGACUCGUUUUUGACAGAUGACUUAGUCUUUGAUAAAAAUAAAAAAGAUUUUAUAAAGCCAUUUAAUCCAUGUAAAAAUGAAGUGAACGAUUUAUUUGUAAGUUAUAGGGUUUGUGAUGUAAAAGAACAAUGGAUUGACUCUCAUGAAUAUAAAGGAUUUCAAAAGGUAAUUUUUUUGGAGCAAGAUAAUCGAAUAAUUCAACUAAGACAAGAUUGGUUUUUUACUCCUGUUGAAAUAGGCGAUGAUUUGUAUCUUCAUGGACAAUAUGAUGAAAAUGGUAUUUGCAUUGUAGAUAAUUCUCAUUAUCUUGUCAUUUUGAAUCCAGAUUAUUUGAUAUCAUGUACAUCUAUUGCUAAUUCUUAUUCAUGUAUUAGAAAAACAAUUAUUCAGGAAAAAGUAAAAAUAAUAGGUGAUAUAUCAAAAAGUCAAGUUUAUGGGAAAAUAUUACACUGUUUAUUUCAAUUAUGCCUUCAAAAUAGUAACUUUAGUUUAUCUUUUUUAAAAGAAAAAACACAGCAUCUAAUAUUGAGUAAUUUGGAGUCUUUGGAUGAAAUAGGGGAAAAUAUAGAAAGUGCAAUGGAGUAUAUUUGUCAAAGGUUUUCUAAUUUACAAGAAUGGGCAUCUAGAUAUUUUCUAAAUAUGCCUGGAGAAAAUUCACGUGUAACGACUCAUCAAUUGAAACAAUGUAGUUCAUCUUUUAUAUCUAUUAGUAAAUUGCUGAAAAUUGAGGAACAUAUUUGGUCUCCUAAAUAUGGACUAAAAGGAAGUAUUGAUGCGACCGUUCAAAUAGCACUUAAAUCAGGACCAGAUUUACAAUACUUAAUAGCACCUUUUGAAUUAAAAACAGGAAAUAAUACAAAAUCUAUGGAGCAUCGAGCACAAACGAUUCUUUACACACUUCUAUUAUCUCAACAUUAUGAUAUAAACGUUAAUUUUGGAAUAUUAUUUUACUUAGAGAAAGGAGAAACUAUUCAAGUUUUUGCUGUUCAUAAUGAAAUCCGUGGACUUAUUAUUACCAGAAACAAUAUCGCAAAAUAUCUUAAAAAUUAUCAAAAUUUACCAUGUAUGCUUAAAAACACAUUUACUUGCAAAAGAUGUCCAGUACGUGAGCCAUGCUUUGCUAAUGAGUCUGGAACAGGGGAUACAAGCGGAUUAGGAAAUUACUUUGAUGAAAAAACGAACGAUAUAACUCCUGAAUAUCGUUCAUUUUUUCAACAUUGGAGUUCUAUGUUAUCUAAGGAAGAAAAUGAAACAUUUCGUUUUAGAAAAGAAUUAUGGAGUAUCACUAGUAAAAAAAGAGAAGAAUAUGGAAGAUGUUUGAGUAAUCUUAAAAUUAAAAAAUGCCACUUUAUAUCUAAUAAACAAGAAAUGUUAGAAAAUAUUAAUUGUUAUACAUAUACUUUAGAAAAACAUUGCAUUUCUUCAAAUGAUAAUUCUUUUCUUGAUUCUGAGAUAAGCUAUGGUGAUUAUAUUAUUGUUUCUGAUGAAAGUGGGCAUUUUGCUCUUGCGAAUGGAAGUGUUAUUGAAAUAGAAUUAGCAUCAAUUACCAUCUCUGUGAAUAAACAAUUACAUAGUCCAAAAAGCAUCUUAAAGAAUCUUAAUAUUCGAAAUAGCCAAGUAUCUGAAAACUUUUCUAUAUCUAAUACCUUUAAAAAUAAUUUUUAUCUAAUAGAAAAUGAUGAAAGUGUAUUAUAUCGUAUUGAUAAAGAUGAACUUAAAAAUGGAAUCUCAUUAGCAAGAGACAAUUUAACAAAAUUAUUAUAUUUGAAACAUGAAGAACGUAGAAGGGAAUUAAUUAUAAACUUAUCUUCACCAAAAUUUAAUUUAAAUUUUACUGAUUUUCUUAAUAUACCUAGUUAUGAAGAAUUAAAUGAUAGUCAAAAAGCUGCAAUUUUUAAAGUGAUGACAGCUUUAGAUUAUGCGCUUAUUUUAGGUAUGCCUGGAACAGGAAAAAGUACAACUAUUGCUUGUCUAAUUCAGAUUUUAAUUGCAAAUAAUAAAACUGUUUUAUUAACAUCCUAUACGCAUUCAGCUAUUGAUAAUAUUUUGUUGAAAUUAGAUGUUAAAAAAGAGAAUGUUUUAAGACUAGGUUCAAUUGAAAAAAUACAUCCAAACGUUAAAGAAAAAGUUAUUACUCAAGAAUAUAUUGUUGAUAAUUCAGAAUCAUUUCAAUUGAAAUAUAUUAAACCAUCUAUUGUUGCUACUACAUGUUUGGGUAUUACACACUCAAUUUUUUCAAAAAGAACAUUUGAUUACUGUAUUAUUGAUGAGGCAUCUCAAAUAGUUUUACCUAUAUGUAUUGGCCCUUUGCGUUUUACAGAGAAAUUUGUCCUUGUUGGUGAUCAUUAUCAAUUACCACCUUUGAUGCGAAGUAUUGAUACAGCUGAUCAAGACAUGAAAACUAGUCUUUUUAAACAUCUUUCAGAUGCAAAUCCUAUCGCUAUUGUAAAUCUUGAGUAUCAAUAUAGGAUGAAUAAAGAUAUUAUGCUUCUUUCUAACACAUUAAUUUACAAUGGAAAACUAAAAUGUGGAGAUGAAAAAACUGCAUGUAAAUUUCUGGAAUAUGGAGAUUUUUAUAUAUUGGAUAAAUUACAUUCGAAAAAGAAUUGCGAAUAUAUAUGUAAUAUAAAUGAAUGUUGGAUUAAAAAAAUACUUGAACCAGGGCUUUCAGUAAUAUUUGCAAAUACAGAUUAUGUCCCUGCCCCUGAAUCUAGGAAAGGAGAUAGAAUACAAAAUGAUAUUGAAGUUGAGCUUUUGAAACAAAUUGUUAUUUGUCUUUUAAGUCAAGGCGUUUCUGAAUCAAGAAUUGCUGUUUUGUCUGUAUAUAGAUCUCAAAUCAAAUUAAUUCGUUAUUUUCUUAAAUAUUUUAAAACAAUAGAAAUUGAUACUGUUGAUAGUUUUCAAGGACGGGAUAAAGAUUGCAUCAUAAUUUCAUUUGUCAGAUCUAACAGUAAAAAUAAGAUAGAAGGGCUUUUACGUGACUGGAGAAGACUAAACGUAGCGUUUACAAGAGCAAAAUCUAAAUUAAUUUUUUUCGGAUCAAAAUCUACUUUAAAACUAAUUGGAAUAUUUGGUUUAUUCUUUAAUCUUUUAGCAGAUAAACAAUGGAUUUAUGACCUACCAGAAAAUGCACAUCUUCUACAUAAUUUGGAUUCACUAGUGAUACCCAAACAAACAAAUAUUCAAGAAUCACACGAAAAACAAACGUAUCUCAAAAGAAAAUGUCCAAUUUUGAAGACAAUUGCACAUGCUUUAUAA